GUCAUAUAUUGCGUUAUUUAAUUUAUCUUUGCAACUUUUAUACAUUGAUACUAUUUACACUAGAAUUUUUAAUUCAUUUAAUUACUUCCAAAUAAGUGUUAAACCUGGAAAGAGGAAUUACUAACGAUGGUAGCAGAACUCGGCUCGACAUCAGAAUCUAGCGGGAGUAUUGAGCCGCCGAAAAACAAUACAGAACGGACAUUCAGAGAUGGUGUGCGUAAAAUUGAUUUCGUCGUAGUGGUGGUAGAUGAGGAAAACAUUAUAAGUGACACUUUGAAACACAGGUUUCUUACCAACAUUGUUAAAAUGGGAUUUGAAAUUGAAUUUGAAAACGGUGUCUUGCCGAUUCAUAAGAAGUUAGUAUUUUUUAAAGUGCAUUGCCCGAAUGAUGUUCUCAAUAAUUUGGGAAAAGCUUUUGGGGUCAAAUGUGUUCAGAAUGCUCGAGGCGAACACAUAAUGUCAAGAAAAGAACGCGAUUGGGUAAAUGUAAUAAGAAAGCAGUACCCACAACCGUUGCAAUACUCGAGCUUAGAAAGAAGCCUCAUCGUUUAUAUGGCAUUGCUGAACCUUCCAUUUGGAGAUAGACAAAACUAUAUAGGACUGGAAAGGUUAAUGAAACGCAAUAUUGUGGUAGAUGCAUACGCAUUACAUGACGGACCGUACUACAUUCCAAAAGAAGCUUCAAGUAUUAAUGCUCGUCAGGUCCUUUUUUAUAACUGGGCCGGUAUCACCAAUAUAUUUAGCAGACAGCCAUUAAAUGUAGUGCAUGAAUACUUUGGACCAAAGAUUGCCGGAUACUUCGCUUUUUAUGGACAUUUCAAUUUCUUUCUAGCAAUUGCUUCCAUAGUGGCUUUAAUAUGUCUAUAUUUAGCGAUAUAUAGAAAUGAAAUCUACAUGAAUGCGAGAGAAACGCUUUGUAAACCUUCUAUACAUUAUAUCUGCGCUGAUUGUAAGGGAGUAAUAACGUAUGGUUAUUAUUAUCUUGUACCAGUAUUGCAGUUUUGUAAUAUCUUUUCGAUAAAUAUCAUAGUGGAUAAUAGGUAUGCACCAUAUUUCUCGGCAUUCAUCGUUCUUUGGGGUAUCUUUUUGACAGUGUUUUGGAUUGGAAAAGAAAAAUUUUUGGGCUGGGUAUGGGAAACCCCAAAUAAGGAUUACAAUAGAAAACAAACAAGACCGGAAUUCAAGGCCAAUUUUGAGACAGCACCAAAAUCCAGAAAAACGGGCAUUACCUUGAUUGGCAGAACUCGCUACGGUGACUUAUUAAUCUUAAUAGUCUAUAUUGGUUUGAUUUUAUUUGCUGUAUUAGUAUUCGCUGUAGUUUUAGAAUUAAGGAAGAAACAAGAUCCAGAAUAUAUCAUUAAAGAGAGAAUUGAAACCCCAGAAAUAGUUAUUCCAAGAUUGGUUUAUACGAUGAUUGGUUUCUCCGUAGUUCUCUUCUUCCUUGAUAUCGUUCAUAGGAUACUUGCGACUUACAUAGUACGAAAAGAAAAUCAUAGAACCUACGAAUCUAGCAGCGUAUCCCUCAUAAAACACCUUUAUAUAAUGUGUUUUCCUAUGCCUGUUAUAAUGCUAGGUUAUUUUGGAUUUCAAAGGAAAAUUUUUAAACUGUGGACUGGUGUGGAGAAAGUACACGAAUACGGAUCACCAACGGAAUACAAUUUUUCUUUAUAUGACAACUUGUGUGUGAUGACAUCGUGCCUCUACGAGCUUUCAUUUUCAUUUACAGUUGUUCUACUUUUAAGAUUUGUCUUAUUGAGAAAAUUGUCAUUUUACUCAAGUUUAACUGAUUAUAAUCAACGAUCAAUAGCCCAGAAAAUUCCGUGCUGGGAGAGAGAAUUCGCUUUACCUCCAUUUACAGAAAAAUUUCUUAUCAAUAAAAUGAAAAUUCUUGUAAUGCAGUUCACUUUGAUUAUCGCCUUUGGAUAUGCGUGGCCGCCGACCAUAGUAGUUACAUUGUUCUUCAACAUGUACGACCUCAGGCGUGACGCAGAUUUAUGUACACUUCAUUACCGAAGACCUCUGCUGCUGAAAAACGAAGCAUUUAACACAUGGACUAAAAUUUUAAAACUUAUGGUAUACUUAGCCAUCAUUCUGAAUGUUGUAUCACUAGUAUGCUCCACAGAUACUAUCGAAGCACAUUUAGUCGAAGAGCGACGGAACGCCGGUACAAAUAAUACCAUAUUUUUUUAUUUGGGCCUCUAUUUUCGUCACGAACAUUCGUAUCAUCGUAAUUUCAGUUUUUAUGUAUGCUGUAAUACGCGUGGAUAUACUUAUAUAAAUGAUGAAAAGUUUAAAAAAUUUGAUUAUAAUGCCUAUUUGACUAUCGAAGAAUUAAGAACUUAUCAAUAUAUGUAUAUAUUUAUUUUUGAGUUUGUAAUGCUUGCAAUAUUCAUGCUGUCGAGGUUCAUAUUCGCAAUUGACGUUGGGGAACUGGAGAUGCCAAGAAAACGAUCUCAACAACAGAGUGAAGCGAAAAUUUUACAGGAUAUUGUUACUAAAUAAACUUAAAAUGCUAAAUUAAAUAAUACAUUCGUUAUUUUUA